ACCGUCCAACGGUAAAGACGUAUUCUUCGUUCGGUCACUCCGGCUUCGAAUGUUGGGUUGUGAGGGAAUUUAGUUCAUAAGAAAGUUAUCCUUUACCCACUUGGAAGGACUUUGUUGUAGAUCGGUCUCAUCGGAAAGAAGACGAUCGCGAUCGUAGAGUCCGGAAGUUGCUUAUCAGCUUGCUAUCGAGGGCAGAGAGUGAAUUCUGUGGGAACUGAUGUGAAGUGUGUGGAUUGAAAGCAACGAAACGCGAAACAAUUUAUCGUCAUAAAGGAAUACGCGGAAUAUAAGAAGGCACUGAAGUACACAGAAAACGUGAAGGAAGAGUUAAAAGAAAGUCGUUGAAAAACAAAACACAAGACGAACGAUCGAUUGAUCGUGUGUGCGCGCGCACCCCCCGUGCAAAGAGCCCUGUUUUAGUGAGUGUGGGAACCGUUGAGCAAAAGAAACUGUUAUGUGUGAUUAAUUCAGUCGCGGAACGCGAACUGUGCUGUGUGGAAUAGCGCACUCGGAUUUGAGUUGUUUUUUUUCUCGGACACAUAACUAGCUCCCACAUUGUUGGCCCCUAUGGGUGUACUGAACGUCGUGAUCGGUUCCGGUGCCGGUGCAGCAGUCGAGUGCCAGCCGAGUUGCAAGAAGAGCAACGAUAACAUCUUCUCGCCGAUCAAGAACAAGAUGAAGGUCCUGAAGAAGAUCAAGAAACGGAUGGGAUUAGCUCCUCGCAGUGCAUCGUCCUGUCCGGGCCCAAACAACCUACCGCCGUUGCAGUUUCACAACGUGCACGGCGAUAACAUAAGAAUCUCGCGCGAUGGCUCCGUAGCUCGACGGUACGAGUCCUUCUGCAAGGGAAUCACAUUCAGCGCCCGACCGGUCCGGGUGAACGAGCGUGUGUGCGUUAAGUUCCUCGAUAUCUCCAACAACUGGAGCGGAGUGAUUCGCUUCGGUUUCACGUGCAACGAUCCGGCCACCCUGCGUGGCAAUCUACCCAAAUACGCAUGUCCGGAUCUUACGAACAAGCCCGGAUUCUGGGCCAAAGCUUUGAAUGAGCGAUACUGCUAUCGCAAUAACGUACUAUUCUACUAUGUCACACCGUCCGGGGAUGUUCACUUUGGCAUCAACGGUGAAGAGAAGGGAGUGUUCAUCACCGAUGUCGACUCCCGUGGUCCACUGUGGGCUGUAAUCGACGUGUACGGCAAUUCCACGGCUAUUGAGUUCCUAGAUUCGCGAAUUUACAUGUUCCAACAGCAGCAACACCAUCAGCAACAACAGCAGCAACAACAACAACAACAGCAGCAGAAUCACCACCACCACCAUCAUCAUCAACAACAGUCAGCACAAAGCCAAUCCUGUGGCCGUCGUUCAGCCGAUCAGGAAAUUGUACCUCACAUGGAAUCUCUCAGUAUCAACCAACAUAACCAGCAGUUGCUGGACGAACGUCCAGUUCCUCCGCCGACGACGACGACGACGAUGACGACGAGCGCGGUUAUCAGUUCGGCUGCAAACAUGCGAUACAACAGCCCGGCACCUGGACUACUACCUCUCCCGUUCCAUCCGAUGCGAGGUCGCAAUAUAAAAUUUUCCCCUGAUCGUACGGUGGCGAACCGUGUCGAUUCGGAAUUCUGCCAAGGCUACGUAUUCACACCCCGUCCAAUCAAGAUCGGUGAACGCCUCAUUAUCCAAAUCCUAAAGACCGACACCAUGUUCGUUGGAUCCCUAGCCCUGGGGCUCACAUCGUGCGAUCCAGCAACCCUCCAGUUCUCCGAUCUGCCCGAUGACUCCGAUCUGCUACUGGACCGUCCGGAAUACUGGGUCGUUAGCAAAGAUGUCGCAUCCACGCUGGUCCGUGGCGACGAACUGUGCUUCUCCAUCUCCGUCAGUGGAGAAGUGUCCAUCAGCAAGAACGGUGGAGCUCCAUCUGUGAUCAUGCACAUCGACCAGAGUCUACAGCUGUGGUCUUUCCUCGACGUUUACGGGUCUACCCAAAGCGUCCGUUUGUUCAGCCAUGCAAUCCCCACCUCGAUGGCAACCGCAUCCUGUUCAGCUCUCUACGAACCUCGAACCAUGUCCGCCUCGGCCAGUCAGCGUAGCCUGCAAGUGCAGUCCACGAGUCAGCAAUCGCAGCCCUCGGGCUCCAUCCGGCCGGAUAUGAUCCAAAUCAACCCGGGCGGCACGGUGCUAGUGGUGAAUCUACCGCCAACGGAUGUCAUGUCACCUGCCUCCUCGCAACCAUCGGUCCAACAAGCGCAGGCCACCAUCGUGUCCCGCGGUCUUGCAAACUCCACAUCGACACUGUCGGUUCCGCUGUCGACGCUGUCGCUGUCGUCGCACACCGGCUCCAGCGGAACAUGCGAAAUGCUUCCGGCCUACAGCUACGCAGAGCCAAUCUCCGCCUACAACAAUGCAUCCAACUACAAUACUCUCGCGGCGGUGGCAGCAGCUACAGCGGCAUCCAGCACCGCCUCCGGAUCUGGUAGCUCCUGCGGCGGAGCAUCAACCCCGCUGCCCGGUUGCGGAACCUUUAGCGCUGGGCCGAUCUACAGCUCGACCGGUGUCGAUUGUACCAUCUGCUUCGAGAAGCCGAUCGACUCCGUCCUGUACAUGUGCGGUCACAUGUGCAUGUGCUACGACUGUGCGAUCAAGCAGUGGCGCGGCAUUGGCGGUGGCCACUGUCCGCUGUGUCGUGCAGUCAUACGGGACGUGAUUCGCACCUACAAAUCCUAAGAACACGACGUGAGCGAACGCGAGCGAGCGCUGUGGAUGGGCCCCGGCCCCAUCCCCACCAGUCACGAUACCAAAAACGCUUUCAAACGAAAGCAAGGAAGCAUUAAUUGUGAAUGUGAUUUUAAUUCCAAAAACAUAAAACAAACAAAAACUACGGAGAAGCGAAACUCGGGAAGCAUCUGGGGUCUUUCGGAAACAUUCUGGUCAAAAUUAACUCUUAUUUUUUAUGCGAGUAAAUUAUCAAGUAGUCAAAAUUUAGCGUAUGUGGGUUGCUGGCAGGCAAACAAGAGGAGGUCAGGGAAUUGUUACGCACCAUUGGGUCGUGUUUAGUUUCGUUUUCUGUCGAAAUCGUUGACGAAUGCAUUAUCUAGUGUGUAAGUAUUUUUUUUCGCGUAGGACAAACAUAUAACUAAUGAUCAAACCAAAAAAUCUUAAAUUUGCAUAGUCGUUACUAGGAACAAGGAAAGCAGUAUCCAUUCAUUAGAAGGACAGUAAUUAAAUUGCCAAAAAAAUACAUCACUUCCAAAAUGCAAUCGAAGCAAAAGAAAAACGAAAAUUUCAAAGAGUGAGAAAAAACCGCGCUGUACGUGUAGAGCGUGAUUAUCGUUUUGUGAAUUUUAUCAAUCGUAAUUUUUCCGGUCUCCGUUUAAUUUUGGUUUUCCGCCCGUCGUUCCCAUCAUGGUCAUUAAGCGAAAGCAGGAGAAGAAGUUGAACCUAAUUUACAAAAUUGAUACUUUCUAGUCAAGCAAAAAUUGAAUUAUAUUAUUGAAGCGAGCGAUAACCCCAAAGGAAAAUUAACGUUAAGUACACUCUGGCCCUGGCAAGAGCAACCGACUUGGGCGCUGGGGCUGCUUAUUUAUUCUUUUGCGACCUUUUUUCACUUACUGAUUAUUAUCUCUUAUACUCUCAAAUCUACUAUCAAUACUGGUAUGCAUACGCAUAGCUAAUACAAAUAUUAUACCUACCUACCUUUAGCGAGGACAUAAUAGUCGAAACAGGAUGGCAUCAGAUCAAGCAUGCAGAAAAAUCUCAAGAGCAGUGCGGAAUGAGAAGCAUUAAUAGCUUGUAGUAGGUGUCCCACAUGGGCAACACUAUUAAUACUAAUUACACGGUGUAGUAGUAAGCAUGGAAAACAGAAAGAAGAUAGUUGACACAUUCUAUUAAUUUAUUGUUAUGAACGCAUUUACAAUUAGGAAGAAACGAACGUAUUUUUUAAAAAGUUAGCUAAAUGAUAACAAAAAAAAAACGGCAAAGAAAAGAGAAUACAAGCUCAUCAGUGCUAAAAUUUA